AUGGCGAAGGGUUGGAGAAACUACCUUUGGAGACUGAGCAACGUCUUCCUCCUUGGCUUCGGCCAUCGAUACAAGGAGAGAUACGCAAAAUAUGCAUCGCUGCCGAUCGGGGAAGAGCAAGGAUGGCGAGAAGAGAAUCAGAAAGAGUGGGAUCGGAUAUCGGUCGCGCUCGCCCUCGUCAUCGCAGUCCACGCCGCUAGCCUGGCCAUCAGCGACGUGACCCUCGCAUCCUGGGUAUGUCGCGCGCUCUGGUACGGCGGGUUCGGGCUCGCGCUGUCGGGGCUCGUCAUCAUCUCCUACAUCACCGUCUCCCUCUUCAACCUGACCGACAAAGAGGUCGACAAAGCCGUGCAGAUGCAUAGCGAAGGAAGGGCGGACAUGUCCCUCGAGAUCAUCGCGAGCGUAGGGGCGAUGCCGAUCGUCCUGCUCCUCUGGUCGACGGCGUUCGUGAUGACGGGACUGCUCAUAUUGGUGUUCACGGUCAACUACUCCCAAGGUGCGCCGGUGAAUGCGGUGCCGAUGCGUCGGUUCCGCAUAUUGGCGUCGGUGCCCACGUUCGUAGGCGUCGCCGCGGUGAUAUGGGUGGUCAUCGUUGUGGAGGGGGCUCUGAGGCGUGCGGGUACUAGUCAUGUUCCGCGAGACAGCUACGACAAGUAUGAUAUGACUUUUACUUUCAACACUGCCGUAGACCGGUCAGUCCAAAGGGGAUGUGAUGAAAACGCGUAUGUCACACCCGUGACCGCACGCGUCUCGCGUCUCGCGCGUCCCAACGCGUCGCCCGUAGGCAUGGGAGAACCGAGCAGGAGCGGUCAUGCAGAGCAACAUCGCCUGACAAUGUAG